AUGGAUACAACUUGGAAAAAUCGUCUUCAGGAAUAUUGUCAGAAAAAUAAGAUUCUUUUGCCAAAUUAUCGAAUCAAAACUCUAUCUGGCCCAGCACAUCUUUUGAAAUUUCAGGUUGAAGUCGAAGUAGAUGGUCAUUGGUAUGUCGGUGACAAUCUGUGUUCAUCAAAGAAAGAAGCAGAACAAUUGGCAGCAAAAAAAGCAUGGGAAGGUUUACUUGCUAGAAGUGUGAGUUCAGUCUCAAUUCCAUCAUCUUCACAAACUUCAACAGUCAUAACUUCUGAUGAAUCUUCCGAAGCACCACCAACAUACGCUCAAGUUGUAUUAGCUGAUUCGAUGAAUCAGUUACCUAAUCAAUGUGCUGAUAUCAAAAACUUUAUAGCUACUAAAGUUGGCGCAUUUGAUGGACGAAUUCGUAAAAUAUCACCACCAGAUUCAAAAGGGAGAUAUAAAUUUGACAUAACUGGUUCUUAUCGUUAUUGUGAAAAUGUUAAACGACAUCACAAAAAGAAUCAAAUCUACUUCAUUGUUGAUCCCAUCAAAGGAACUUAUUUUCAAAAAUGCUAUGAUCCUGAAUGUUAUGGUUUUCAAUCACCAUUACACUAUAUUAUAAACGAACAAACAACACUUCCUAAUUCAGAAGAAACGAAUUCUAUGGAUGAAUGUUCACAUUGCAGAAAAUCACUUACAUCUCGAAACCAAAGUGAAUGUGAACAUUGCGGAGAACAUUUUUGUAUGAAUUGUUUAUGUAGUUGUGAUUUCUGUCAUGAGGCCCUUCAUUGCGAACAAUGUUUUGAAUCAUAUUUCGAUUGCCAUGAUUCAUAG